UGACUGCACACCGAGUCAGGUAACCUUGGCAAAUUUUGUUUAGCGUUCGAACCAAAUCCUGAGAAGGAAUUUGAAGAUUUCCGCUCGAUUUUUGUCGAAUUUUUUGGCAAAUCAGUCUUUACGCUACUUUUUAGAGUCUCACUUGGUGCAAUGUGAGUAAGUUCAGUGCGGUAAAUCGCUUGGAAAUGGCUCUCGCGAUAACUAAUUUGUCGAAGCUUCAACACGAACUCUACCGCGAGAAGCAUGGCUUCGACAAGUUGUCUAGAAAUGUACAAUCGUCUAUGGUCUAUGAUCCGACGCACAUUCGCCGCAUUACAACCUUCCCUGAUCGAUAUUCACGUCACCUUGAACAAGCUGAAGUUCAUGUUAAAUGUCCUUGGGGUCGUGCCCGAAGCUAUGCUGGUGAAGCUCCUGUGUGUCUUCCUGAAAGUUGUCGGCCAAAAUGGGAGCCACCUUUCCUCCUACAAAAAGGACAUAGACACUUUGGCAGUGGAGUUGAUCCACAUCCCAGAGGUCUUCCAUUGCAACAGUUUUACGACCUGACGCAGCUCAAGCGGAGUAAAGUGAGGUGGAACGAUGAGUUGUUGCCAAGGCCCACAACGGCUGCUGUGCAAGAAGGUCAAAUUUAUCUUCCUUUUCCAAAGGAGUCUCCUCUCAGUUCACAUAUGUCCCGUCAGGCCAUGUUCCCCAGUCCAACGCCAGCAGAACCUAAAUAUCAAGGCAAGAUCACAUCACCCACCCCUCCCCCGAUAAUCGUGAACAAAGCCAUGGGUAGCUUUGCUCGGCGGGAAGUGGUAACACCAGUGUUCAACUCCAGGACUUCUCCUCCACUGCAGCAUCCAGUGCGACCUGUAGCAGUGGCAAACAAUUGGUUUUCAAAACAUGAUGUCAUCAACCAGUUUAACAGGCUCCACCCAAGUAAUACUCCCACAAUUCGACUCAACAUUCAGAGGCUACGGCGCGCUGACUGGAAAUUUGUUGAUUAAAAAUGGCUAAACCAAUUAGAGUCGAGAACGACAGCUCGCUCUCAAGAAUGGCUAGUGAAUCACAGAAUGAGUUGUACUUCGAUUGUGGAGUUAGCUGAAGAAAGUUUUGUAAUCGUUUGUGUGUGUAGAAAAGGUUUACUUUUUUAUUUUUUACAUGUCAAAGAGUGCAUAACAUAAUAGAUUUCUUUUAACCUUGUAAGAUUUUAAAAUUAUUUAUUUUGGAAGAAUAGCUAAUCAUAGCAAAUUAGAGACCGAAUGAUUGUGUUUUAAGUCUCGUCCAGACUCCUUUGAUUCCUUUGGAUUUUCACCGUGUAUUAAAACAACUCACUUUGCCUUUUUAA